GAAAAAAAUAGAUGAACAAAAAAGGCUUAAGGAAUUUUUCCUCAUUGGAAGUGGAUUGAGUUGGGCUUCGAACGACGUCUCCACAACGACGCCACCAUCCCAACAACGGAGUAGGUGGCGACGACGAUAAAAAUGUCUUUGAAGUAUUGAACGAAGCUACCAUCCCAACAACGAACAGGUGCCGACGACAAUAAUGAUGAUGUCUUAUUGUCAUUAUUAAUAGCAAGUCUAAAAAGCAUCUAAAAUAAAGCCCAUCCAUUAAUAAUAAUGGGGGUUAAAAUCCUAGAGAGGCCCAACCAUUAAUAAAGCCCAUUCAAAUCAAUUCUUUCAGCAGAGAUAGAUCUAUCUCCGUGUCAUCUCCUUGAGCUAAAGUCGCUCAUCCGUCGUGUUCACAGCAUAUGAAGGCGGCAAUUAUAUCAUCUCCCGUCAUCUUCUUCAUGCCGCAGGUACGAGUAUAUCAGAAACAAAGCAGAUCCCCAUCUGGCCAAGAAUUAGUUUCGAGCUUGGCAAGACCUUCUUCUUCGAUGAACCGGAGCAAAGCCAUGGAUCUGCUCCUUCCUCUUCAACGGACGCGCAUGUAAUAAAAAGAAAUCAGCAGCCGCUUUGCUUCCUUGAAACCUCCGUCCGUGGCAUCAGCAAAGUUCUUGCCGGCGCAUCUCAGGCUGGACGAUUUCAGCAACGACAAUAGCUUUUCUCUCCGCCGAGCGGCAACAAAAGAAAAACAAAAUCAGCCUCAGCGUCUUCUCCAAAUUAUUGGCGUCGACACCAUCUAGCUUCCACAACGGGCCAGUCUUUAGCCACAACAGCUCCGGAAGAAUUCUACUCUGCUACUGGUUGAAAUUCGGAUGAACCAGCAUCAUCUCCGCCGCAUCAACUGAACGAUGGCCAACAUUUCCUCCAAUCACCGACCUCCUUCAACGGUCGCAUCAAUUCAUCAGUCAGGAUCUUCUUCAAGCACCAACUGGCUUCCAGCACGAGCAGCCCGGCAAGAGGCGUCAGCAUCUUUUCCAACACCAACUAGCUUCCAACACGAGCAGUCCUGUAAGAGGCACCAGCGUCUUCUCCAACACCAACUAGCUUCGAUCUGCAUCAGCGGCAAGAACAAGAGCAACCCACUGCAGCUUCGGAAGAAUCUCGCUGCAGGACUCUCUCGCCAGAAAUCAGCAACAAAGCAUCGAACACCGUCUCCCUCUUCGGCAGAAAUUCAAUUGUGAUUUCCCGAUUCUCCUCACACCAAUUUGUAGCUGAUGUUGAUCGUCAUCACCAACUGAGGUAAUUCUGGUACGGGCUGAUGGAUGUGUUCAAGAAAAUUCCCCUGCAAUUUCACAAAAAGAGAUGUGUGGGGUUCAAAAGAAAAACACGAGAGUGAAUUUACCUUUCAAUAUGCCGAUCUCUCUUUCUCCAGCCUCCAAAGCGUUAAGUGAUAUAGUUGAAAUGGAUUGCCAGAUCAUUAUUUCUUAUUUUGGGUGGUUAGGGGUUAUGCGUGUAAUUAGAAGCUAUCAAAAUAGAACACGUGGCAAGUCUGUUGAGUUAGUUUGUUGAGCUGAGCUAACUUUGAACUUGUCAUCAGUCUAUAUAGCUUCGGUUGUACAGGAAAAAUGAUAUGAAUAUCUUGAUUCUUGAUUGUCUUCUUUCCCAAUCUAUCUCCUCUCUAUUACUCUGUUAAUUUUCAGCAUAUGAGUCUCGUUAUCUACUUCUCUUACAUUUAAUAGAUAGCCUGAUUCAUAUCAAUGGUAUCAGAGCCUUGAUCCGACUACCUUGGAACGAUUGAAGAAGAAUGGCGCAGACGCGAAACUUCAAUUCAGAGAUGGAGGAAGCCCUAAAAGUCAUCCAGCUGGAGUUUGAUCAGAAAUUGGAGAGUCAAAACAAAAUCAUGAUGGAUAUGAUGAACAAGAUUAUGAAGAAAGUGGUGGAUAUGCAGAAAUCUAAGUCUGUAAGUGAGAUAGAGACCGAUGAAGACCCUGAUUCCCAGGAUAAAGAGGAGGAAUCAUCCGAGGAGGAAUCAGAUGGAAUCAUUGGCAAAUCUGCACCAACAAAUGGCUUUCGAUUCUCACCUAAAGUAGAAUUCCCCACUUUUGAAGGCCAGAACGCAAAGCUGUGGAUUCAGAAAUGUGAGAGGUAUUUUACACUUUUCAAUAUUCCUGACAAUCAGAAAGUUAAUCUAGCAUCAUUAUAUUUGGAGGGAAGGGCUGCCAGUUGGUUUGGACAUUAUAUAGGGUCCAAGAAAAGGUUGAAAUGGAAACAUUUUAUUGCUGAUGUGAAUGCUAGAUUUAAGGAUAACCUGAGUAAUAAAGUGGUGGAAAGGUUUAACAGUUUGAAACACACUGGGUUAUUGAAGACUUUUAUUGAUGAAUUUGAAACCCUGAAGGCUGCCAUGAUACAAAGGAAUCCCAAAUUGCCAUCUAGUUAUUUUUUGGACUGCUUCCUUGCUGCUUUAAAGCCUACAGUAAAAUCAUUUGUCAAAGCUUUCAAUCCUAAAAAUAUGGCAGAAGCAAUUGAGAUUGCUAGGCUACAAGAUGAGACAGUUGAAGCUUUUACAGUACAGGCCAAGUCUGCAAACUUUCAGAAAAUAGCUCUUAACAAACCUAUACUACCAACACCUAAUCAGCCACCAAAGACUGUUAUUAACCCAUAUAAGUCUAGUGGUACACCUGUACCUAGAAGGUUUGUAUCAGCUAGUGAAAGAGCUGAAAAAAGGGCUAAGGGUUUAUGUUACUACUGUGAUCAGCCCUAUAACAAAGAGCAUGUGUGUAACCAUAAGGGCACACAAUUUUUUUUGGUUGAAAUCACUGGUAACCAGUUGGAGGAGGAUAAGGAAGAAGAAAUAAUAACACAGGAGGGCAAUGUUGAGUAUAAUAUGCAGGAGGAGGAGCCCUUGAUAUCCUUUCAUGCAAUCAAUGGUUAUGCAGAUUAUAGAACCAUGAGAUUGAAUGGAUUGUGAAGAAUACUAUCUCUUGCACUAUUCCUAUUGUAGUACAUGCUGUACUUUUUGCACUAUUCCUAUUGUAGUACAUGUUGUACUAGUUGUACUAAUUAGAUGUUAGGUUAGUUGUACUACAUGUACUAGUUGUACUACAUGUACUAGUUGUACUACAUGUACUAGUUAGAUGUUAGGAUUUCCUAUAUAAGUGUAACCCUUCCUUUGAUUAAUAUACAAGAAAAUUCAGUUUCC